AUGGCUGAGAAAGAGAUCAUAUAUGAGCUAUGCUUUCAAGUCACGAAAACUGAGUACUCCGAAAUCACAGAGAAGGUGGAAAAGAGAAUAUGGAAGCUCCUCACUGAUCCGGUCACAAGAGUAAAUGCAACUCUUGUAAGAGAGUUUUAUGCAAAUGCGGUCAGGUUAGGCUACCCCGGCACUAUUUUCUGUCUGUGCGCAAAGUCUGGGGUGGUGUUCGAAGAUGGAAACCCCGUGUGGAUAAAAGUCGGUAUCCCAAUUACUCUUCGACGGAUGCAUGCCGUUGCACCUCCCCUACCUCAACGAAUACUAAGAAAGAGGCCAGCCUAUCAAGUUGAAGAAGGACAAAACCUAGAGGAGCAAGCCCCAACCAUUUUAGACAUGCAUAAAUUACAAGAAGCUAUUGAUGGCUUGUCUAGGCAAUACAUAGAGAAUCAAGGGGCACAGAAGGAGCUUCAACUGCAAAUGAUGGAUCGCCAAGAAGAAUCAUUCUCUAGAUGGAUGAAUCAACAAGGGGAGUGGCAAAAGCAAUUGAUGGAGCAACAACUGGAACAAGGGAGACAGUGGGGUGAAUCCUUCCAUAGGUUGAACCAAAAGCAAGAUCAACAACAAGAAGCCAUCCAGAAGCUAAUCAAUAUCCAAGCACAUCAAGGUGCACACAUUCAUGAGAUGCAUCGGAAACAAAGAGAAUAG